CUUGCUCAAAAAAAAAAAAAAAAAAAAAAGCGAAAAGGGUUUUAGACUUUCUUCCGUUCUGGUUAAAACCUCCUCCAUCCCCUAUUCCCUUCAUCUCACUAAACUCAUCAUCUUCUUCUUCUCUGUCCAAUAAUUUCUUCAACAAUCAUUGGUUAAACCCAAAGAGUUCAAAAUGGGGGUACCUUGGAAGCGUUCAAAAAAGUCUCAGGAUAGUGACGAUGAAUUUGAUGAUGAUGAUAUGGACAAUGAUCAACUGAGUGUGGAAGAGAAAGAAGAAGAAAAAGAAGAUGAUGAUGAGUUUGAGGAUGAGGAUGACAGCGCUGACGAUGAUGAUGAUGAAGAGGGCGAAGAGGAAGAGGAAGAGGAAGAAGAGAAUCAAAAUGGUAAUAAGCAAAAUACCGAUGCCGAGAUGGAAGAGCUUGAGAAAGAAUACAUGAAUCUUCGCGACCAGGAGCUAAAUAUCUUACAGAAUUUGAAACGUCACAAGGAUGAAGAUAUUCUUAAAGGACAAGCAGUGAAGAAUCAAAAGGCUCUUUGGGAUAAAACUCUUGAGCUCAGAUUUUUGCUUCAGAAAGCAUUCUCAAGUUCAAAUAGAUUACCACAGGAUCCACUCAGGUCUUUAUUCUGUGAUUCAGACGAGAUUGUCAAUGCAGCAUAUUCUGACCUAAUUACGUCCUCAAAGAAAACUUUAGAUUCUCUGUUGGAACUACAAGAGGUUUUGCUUGAAAAAAAUCCAUCUAUUCUUCAAGCCACGGAUGGUAAAAGGGGACAAGUAUCUAAGAAUUUGCAAUCUUUGAAGAGCUCUACUGUGAAUGAUGAUGAAGAUUGGUCUCGAUUAUCUCAAUUGCAUGCAAGAAUAGCUGCCUUCAGGGACAAGUCAGUAGACAAGUGGCAAAGGAAGACUCAGGUGACAACUGGUGCUGCCGCUAUUAAAGGCAAACUACAAGCUUUUAAUCAGAAUAUUAGUGAACAAGUUGCUGUUUAUAUGAGAGAUCCAAGUAGGAUGAUCAAGCAGAUGCAGCAAAGAAAAUCAACAGUUGCCAUAUUUGGGACUGUUCCUGGAGGGGAAGCUAAUCCAAAGGUAGAGGAAGCACAGGCUGACGGUGAUCCAGAACUUUUAGAUGAUUCCGAGUUUUACCAGCAUCUACUGAAGGAGUUUUUUGAAACGAUUGACCCAACAUCUAAUGAGACGGCCUUUUACGCUCUGAAAAGGUUGCAAACCAAGAAAAGGAAGAUCGUUGAUAGACGUGCUUCAAAGGGUCGAAAGAUAAGAUAUGAUGUUCAAGAAAAGCUUGUGAAUUUCAUGGCUCCUGUUCCCAUGAAUAUUCCUCCUGAUGCUCAACAAGUGUUCAAGGAUUUGUUUGGUUUGAGCUCUAGAAGCCAUUAAAGCCACCAUGGUUUAGCAAGCUGUAGAGUCCUGAAUAAAUUAAAACAGGCUCUGAAAUUUUGUAAUAUUAGUCUUUUUCUUUAAUUAGUUAUUUUGA